GGCACACUGAACGGACGCGUGUUAAUAAUAUUCAUAAAAUUAUACUCGAUUUUAUUGAAGAAAAUAUAGAUAAUAAUGCAAGAAUUUAAAGCUACAGAACACCAGCACGUGCGCUACAACCCUCUCAAAGAUGAAUGGGUACUCGUCUCCCCACACCGCUGCCUUCGACCUUGGAGCGGGCAGACUGAGGCAGCUCCUGAUGACCAGCCACCAGACCCAUUGAAUCCUCUACUGCCUGGGGCUACGCGGUCUAGUGGGCAGCGCAAUCCUGUCUAUACGUCAACGUAUGUGUUCCCCAACGACUUCCCAGCGUUGUUGGAGCGUGUGCCUGAUCCUCCACCCUCGGAUCAUCCACUCUUUAGGUCUUCAGCUGCUAAGGGGACUUGCAGAGUUAUGUGCUUCCAUCCGGACUCCACGAUGACCAUACCGUUGAUGACAGUCGACGAGAUCCUUGCUGUUGUUAAUGAAUGGGUCAACCAGCUAAAAGAGUUAGGUCGCAAGUACACUUGGGUGCAGAUCUUUGAAAAUAAGGGUGCUAUCAUGGGGUGCUCCAACCCGCACCCUCACUGCCAAAUAUGGGCGUCCAGCUACUUACCUAACGAGCCCCGAGUAAAAGAACGAUGCCAGAAAGAAUAUUUUAUCAAGUUCAAACGCCCAAUGUUACUCGAUUAUCUAAAAGAGGAAAUGAUCAAGAAGGAACGUGUGGUCAUUCAGAAUGCUGAGUGGGUAGCAUUAGUUCCAUACUGGGCAGUGUGGCCGUACGAAACAAUGCUCCUACCAAUAAAUGGGAAACCACAGCGAAUGACCGACCUGACCGACGACCAGAAACGGUCGCUGGCGGAGAUUAUGAAACAGCUGAACAUCAAAUAUGAUAAUUUAUUCAAAUGUAGCUUUCCUUAUAGCAUGGGAUUCCAUGGAGCUCCAACGGGUCCAUCAGCUGCUCCAGGCGACUCACCCCAUUGGCUCCUCCACGCCAUCUACCUACCGCCGCUACUGAGGUCGGCAACUGUCAAAAAGUUCAUGGUGGGAUAUGAAAUGCUGGCUCAGUCGCAGAGGGACUUGACGCCUGAACAAGCAGCUCAGAAACUAAGGGAGUGCGAUGAUGUCCAUUAUAAAGCGAAGAAGUAGAUUAUUUGUGUUGUUUAGUAAAAGGGUACUUGCCAACUAGUCAAAUUCAAUACUUUUUUCGAACUGUCAAAAACGAGAGUUUUCUAUGAAUGUUGUACGAGAUUGUCUAUUGUGACGUCACGUUUUUUUAGCGUCAAACAGCAUACUUAUUUCUUAAAAAUUUGCUGGAAAAAUAUUAAAAUUUUUGGUCAUAA